AUGGUUCAGAAGCUAGUGUGCAAAGGAUAUGCCAGCUUUCUGAAAUACUUGAAAGCCAAAAAAGGAGUUGAUGCUCGUUUUUCUAUCUACGUGCCUCUUCUUCUUUUUUCAUUUUACACAAUGAUCGCUUCUGUUAAAAUCCUCGUUUCGAGUGUAGGAGACCAAUUCAUCAACGAUCUUAGCCAUGGUUCCAUCUUGUUGAAGAACUUCGCUAUCAUCGCAGUAGUUCUCCUUUUGUUUUCGCCAUUUCCUUCUGUUGGUUUUAUGUCGAACCGUCAAUGGAAUCUCUCAAUGUUCGGCAUAAUCUUACUAGUUACUGUUAACACUUCAUUCGUCAUCUAUACAGAGCUUGAAAACGCUUUUCCAAGUUUGGACUUGUUUGAAUCGUUCUUCCUAGUACUCAUUCUCGUAGAUGGAAUUUACAGAAUUUUCAUGUAUGUCCCGAACUCGAGAAUUGGAUAUCAUUCCAAUCGUAAGUUCAAAACAAUAGAACUCGUAACAUCACAGCGUUUUGCUCCAUUAAUUGUCAUUCUCAUCAAUGUGAGCAGUCAUAUGUCCAUGUAUAAGAACUGGCUCAUCAUGAGCGUUGCAGCUUCGACAGCCAUUUUCAGUGAUCUUCUCCUGACUCCUGCUUAUUUCUUGCUUUAUGAAAGCUUAGGUGUUUUUCCUGACUUGGAGGAUACUUCGACUUCGAAUGAUAACUAUCCUUCUAGCUCUGUUAGAAGCCAAGACCCAGAUAGUGUAGUGAGCAAAGAGCAAACUUAUUCAUCGUCAAUAAGUCAAGGAGUAAAUCAGAAGAGAUCUUUCUGUGUUCAAACAUCUGAUAUUCGUCGAGCUUCAAUGCCAGUAGUCAUUCAACACAAACAAUUUUCUAGAAAUAAAAAAAGCACAUGUUCAUCUCAAAUAUCAAAUUCAACACUACAACUUGGUCAAGAAAAUGAGAGAAAUGGAUCUGUUAUUUCAUCUUCUUCUGUGACGGAAACAAUUGAAGAGGAACCAAUCGCUUGA